CUUUACUACGAUACAAAAGUGUCGACCCGGGACAAUGCAUCAGCAUCACCGCCAACCACGUGAUAGCGCGAUGCCAAGAGAACGCGUCGCGACUGGCGCCUGCCGCCACUCGCCCGCGCCAGUCAACAUUUUUACACAGCAUCUGUUACUCUUUAUCUUUGCGAUUUAAUUCCACAAUGCAACGUCCCAAAGCUCUCAAGACGGGCGAAUGCACCCCCGCGAAGCCUGUAGUGCGUCUGUACGGCACUACACCGCAAUCCACAGAACGCCUGCACAGACCCUUCAAGUGCCCCGGGGCUGCAACAUCGACACGAUUAUCGGAGAAGCCUACAAGGAAAAGACGGAAGGUCGAUUAUGCUGGCGCCGAUGGCGAGAACGAGGUCGACAAGCCAUAUUCCAAUGAUGAUCGGUUAGCGCUUGCCACCCGCGAUAUCAAUCGAUUUCCAGUGUUCAAAGCAAAGGAUAAGGAAACAGCGUUCAGAGCAAGGUUCACUGUUCCUAUGCUAGUCAAAGACACAACAUCAUACAAUGCCAAUCGACCAGCGCCACUUCUGGGUAUGCGGCUAGGCGCUGUGUUUGUUGCACGGCCACUGCACGAUCCGAGUGGGGAGUUUGCUAUUGUCUUGUAUGAUCCUACCGUCGACGACAAGCCUGCUCCGAAGGAAGAGGUGAUUCCGAAGAUGAGCCAGGAGGAAAGGAAAGAGAUGGACACGCCGGUAGUGCACAAGAGUCUCGCCGAGAUUCUCGGGUUAAAGAAGAAGGUCGACGAGGAGCGACCACGAGUGCCAGUCGUAAUCGACCCACGGUUAGCCAAGGUCUUGCGUCCGCAUCAAGUCGAAGGUGUGAAAUUCUUGUAUCGAGCUACGACUGGCUUGAUCGACCCAAACGCGAAUGGAUGUAUCAUGGCUGAUGAAAUGGGCCUCGGCAAGACACUGCAAUGCAUUGCUCUCAUGUGGACGCUGCUCAAGCAGUCCCCCGACGCUGGGAAACCCACGAUUCAGAAGUGUGUAAUUGCUUGUCCUUCCAGUCUGGUAAGAAAUUGGGCAAACGAGUUGGUGAAAUGGUUAGGUCCAGAUGCUAUUAAUCCUUUCGCCAUCGACGGCAAAGCCACAAAGGAGGAGCUCAUCUCACAAAUUCGCCAGUGGUCCAUCGCAUCUGGCCGUGCUGUGGUUCGACCCGUUCUUAUCGUCUCGUACGAAACGCUUCGCCUUUACGCCGACGAGUUCGGCCAGACCCCGAUCGGCUUGCUGCUCUGUGACGAAGGGCAUCGAUUGAAGAACGGAGAAAGCCAGACAUUUACAGCGUUGAACGGAUUGAAUGUGCAGCGACGUGUCAUUCUCUCAGGCACGCCCAUCCAGAACGAUUUGUCUGAAUACUUUGCGUUGCUCAAUUUCGCAAACCCCAACUACCUUGGUACGCGAAUGGAGUUCCGUAAGAAGUUUGAGAUUCCCAUCCUGAGAGGCCGCGACGCCGAUGGCACAGAUGAAGAUCAGAAGAAGGGUAACGAGUGCCUCAAGGAGCUUCUGACGCUGGUCAACAAAUUCAUCAUCCGUCGUACCAACGACAUUCUCUCCAAGUACUUGCCCGUCAAGUACGAACAUGUCGUAUUCUGCAACCUUGCGCCUGCUCAGAAGGAUCUCUACAACCACUUCCUCCAAUCGCCUGAGAUCAAGAUGUUGCUGAGGGGCAAGGCUUCGCAGCCUCUCAAGGCUAUUGGUAUGUUGAAGAAGCUCUGCAACCACCCUGACCUUCUCGACCUUCCAUCAGACAUCCCCGGCUGUGAGGACAAGCUUCCGGCAGACUUUGUCCCUAAGGAUGCUCGAGGACGGGACCGCGAUGUCAAGGUCUGGUAUUCUGGCAAGAUGCUUGUGCUCGAUCGUAUGCUCGCGCGCAUCCGCGCCGAAACGAACGACAAGAUCGUCCUCAUUUCCAACUACACACAGACUCUUGACGUAUUUGCCGCACUCUGUCGCUCUCGCGGUUACGGAAGUCUUCGACUUGAUGGCACAAUGAACGUCAGCAAACGUCAAAAGCUAGUGGACAAGUUUAACGACCCCGAGGGUUCCGAAUUUGUCUUCCUCCUGUCUUCCAAGGCGGGAGGCUGUGGUCUCAACCUCAUUGGCGCGAACCGACUCGUGUUAUUCGACCCGGACUGGAACCCUGCUGCCGACCAGCAAGCCCUUGCACGUGUGUGGCGUGACGGGCAGAAGAAGGACUGCUUCGUCUACCGGUUCAUGACGACUGGCACGAUUGAGGAGAAGAUCUUCCAGCGCCAGUCGCACAAGCAGUCGCUCUCGUCUUGUGUCGUCGACUCGGCAGAGGAUGUCGAGCGUCACUUCAGUCUCGAUUCGCUACGCGAGCUGUUCCAGUACCGAGACACGACUACGAGCGACACGCACGACACGUUCAAGUGCAAGCGCUGUCGCAAGGAGGAUGGCCGCCAGGUUAUUAAGGCCCCGGCUAUGCUGUACGGUGAUACGAGUACGUGGAACCAUUUCGUCAAUGAUGGAGCGUCGGGGCCGCUGGGCAAGAUACAGGAUCUUCUGCUCAGACAGGAGACGGCUGAGGGCUGUAAUGAGGUUAGCGCGGUGUUCCAGUACAUCAGUCACUAGUGUGAAUACUUGGGUAGCGAUGGAGUUUGGUGCAUUGCAUUGGCGUUAUAGCUGGGUUUUGAUAGAGCGUUGCAUUAGAGCGCUUCCACACAUCAACGUGGAUUCAACAUUUGGC